AUGCCAUUUCAAUCAUCCGCUAUCGAUAAUGAACAAUUAAUUCAUCACGCUGUUCGUCAAGGUCAUGUGAUCUCUCUCGAGGUCUAUCUCAACCAAAAUCCACAUUAUCUUAACCAGUUAUUCAACUACAAUCAAUCGAAAUGGACAAUCUUAUUAGCAGCAUGUUACUAUAAACACGAACAUAUCGUGCGCAUGUUACUACGCCGUUUUCGACCUGAUAUUGAAAAAGUGGGCACAAUUGUUUUCGAUUUAAGUCAUAAUCAACAGGAGAUUGUCGAAGAAGUAUCGCCACUAUGGACAGCGGUAGCCGUAGACCAUUUCGAUAUUGUUCGUCUGCUCGUCGAAGAAGGUCAUGCAAAAAUCAAUCAUCUAACAAAAACCCAUAGUACGACAUUUCGCGUGGCAUGUUUUAAUAAUAAUCUGACUAUGGCGAAAUAUUUAGUAGAACACGGGGCCAAUCCGAGUCAGAUUAAAAUCGGAAAUUAUACGAAUUUAAUGUUGAGUGCUGGUCGUCGGUAUCCCACAAUGGUGAAAUAUCUGAUCAACGAAUUGAAAGUGAAUGUCAACGAUGAGGACGAAAAUGGUCAAACAGCGCUUUACUAUGCAGUGAGAUCGGGCUCGUGUGAAAUCGUGAAAUGCUUGCUGGAAAAUGGUGCGACAAAUUUCCGAGAUAAAUUAAGAAAUGUUACGCCAUUGAUGCGUGCUGCUUUGUAUGGAGAAGUCGAAUUGGUGGAAGCCUUUCACGGUUACUGUUCAGAUUUAGAAUGGAUCGAAGCGAAAGAAUUACUUGGUGGAACAUUCGGAGGAUGUGUAGCACGACUAGAGAAUCUAUCCAAAACAAAAAAGUAUCUUACAGAAGCAUUCCAAUUACGACUGAGUAAGAAUAUACCGAAAGUGUUAUCCUCGCCACCAUUGGAAAUCUUUGAUUUCUGUUCGGAAUGUUGCACGCUCGAAGAAUUCAAUGAAUUAAUACAUUCGAAUUCGAAAGAAAAAUUACAUAUCGAAACAAUUCGUGUUCAUCAACGCCUACUAGGUGAUAAAAGUAAUGAUUAUCACCAUGUCCUGCGUUAUUAUGGUGCUGUGUUAGCUGAUACACAUCGAUACAAUGAUUGCCUUCGUUGGUGGUUCUAUGAAAUCGACCUCAAACAGAAAUACAACACCAAUAUCAAGAAGGAAUAUCUUCGUUGUUUCAUAAACAUCUUUCUGGAAAUGAGGCAGAAUAACGAAAAGGACAUUCAGAUCGAAAGUUUGAUUCGAAUGUUGAAAAUUAUGAAGAUUGAAUUUCAACUAAAUGUUAAAAAUGAGAAUUUUGAUUAUAAUCUGCGAACCUUACUUUAUUUGUUAACAAUUAUCGCAAACCUUAUUCAGAAUAGAAAUGGAAAUGUAGACAUCAAUCAGCGACGAGAAUUACAUCAUUUGAUUCAACUGAUUCUUCGUUGUGAAUAUCGAACAGUCAGAGAUCAACUUACUCUCCUUCACUUAUGUUCAACUACAUCGACCAAACGAUUCUCCGAUGAUGUUCAUUACCCAUGUUCAGUAACGGCACGUUUAUUGAUCACGUGUGGUGCGCAUGUUGACGUAUUGGAUGCAAAUAAGAAUACACCGUUACAUUUACUUGUUCAAAAUGACGAUGUCAGCGACAAAACUCUUUCCAUGAUGGACGUUCUAUACCAGGCUGGUGCUCAUAUGGAUCAUGUCAAUGAUAAAGGACAAACUCCAUUCGAAUUGAUUCCGCCUGAUAAUGUGGGAGUUGUACAACAUUUCAAAGAGAUUCUAGGUGUUCGAUCGUUGAAAUGUAUCUGUGCGCGUCUGAUACAAAGAGAAAGAUUGCACUAUGACGACACUCUGUCCAAAGUUUUGACUCAUUUUGUGCAAAAACAUUGA